UCUUUUAGGAGGGGAGAUAAGUCUCCAUUUUGUCAUCGGAGUUGCCGUUCAUCAAAUUAUGGCUGAGAGCGAGAAAUAAGCCGAUUGCACGACAGGAGGUGUUCUUCAUUUUGCAGAGCGAUAAAGGGAGAUAAGUCUCAACUUCGUCAUCGGAGUUGCCGUUCAUCAAAUUAUGGCUGAGAGCGAGAAAUAAGCCGAUUGCACGACAGGAGUUGUUCUUCAUAUUGCAUAGCGAUUACUAGUUCAAACUGCACAUCCAGCAUCUUUACAAGCCAAAGACCUCACUGCUGUCAACAAGCACGGCUGUACAGGAGAAAAUCAGCAUUUUUUAACGAUGACGAAUCAAAACUGCCCGAGAAAGCUUUACACUUACAACAGAGAAUUGAUCCAGUCUAAGCUUCACUCAUGCUGGAUUUUUUCUCUUUCUGUGUGUCCUCUCAUUUUCCUAUGGGGAGAUUAAAAAAAUAAAUAAAUAAAUAAAUACUGGAGGCUUCCAGUUUCAUGUAGCUAAUAAGCUGUACUCUUACUCACAGUGCAGUAAAUUUUGAAUGAAACCAGAUCAGGUAGAUGUUGAAGGCCCUCUGCGUCUGCAAGAUUUAUCAGCUACCAAGCAUUCGCGCGUGCUUUAGGAUGGUGGCUUUGAUAGAGUGUGUAACAGUAAUUUAGCAAGAUUUUUAAUUAGAUCGUUCCUCAGCUCAUAGCAACAACACUGCUUGUCAGUAAACAAAGAUACAGUGCAGAGACCAGCCAAUAAUUUAGGUUCUCCAUGGUUUAAAAAAGUGAAGUACUCUUCCUGAGGGCUCUACCCUUGUCCUAUAAAUAUUCUGGCACAAGAGAGAGGUCUUUAGACACUCAAAUCCACACAAGCAUUAAGCAUGCUUUCAUCAGAGGAAAAUAUGGAGUACUACAGUUACAGUGGUAUCAAGGUACCUGGGUUGUCAGAACUGUGCUGUGAUAAUUUUCUGUCCCAUCAAAAGGACGGACCUAAGGUGUACGUUGCCACAUGUCAGUAAAUUUGUUCAACAUUAUAGGCCCAUAUAAAAUAUGGAAGGAGAAAGAACUUGAAAAUUGGAUUUCCUUAUAACCAGGUCUCUUGUGAUGUGUUCAGCAGUCAGAAUGUAGACGGAAAGUUAAAUUAUCUUUUUUAGAGAUGAUGCUUCAGUUUAGGUGCUUUAUAAAUAUUGAUUGUUUCACUAAAUGGGUGCAUUAGAGAACUCAUUUUUUCCUGGCACUCUUGGCUGUUAAAAAGCUGUGAAAUCUGGGAUUAUUCUGCCCAAAUCCCGUGCAAAGUGUCAGUUACUCAGUGUGGUGAGUGAACUGAUGGUUUGUGUUUAGACAAAACAUGAACUUUCAGUGCAAAUGUGAUGCUUCUGCAUUAGGAAUUGUAGGGUAAAAUCACAAAGUCCUAAGAAAUGCAUUCUUUCAUUCAUUGAUUCCUUGACCAACUGGUACCAACUGGAUAGAUGGAGUAGCUGACAAAGCUUGCCACUUAGGCCUGUUAGUGUUAAGCAGUGGUCUUCUGGUGCUGCAUGGAACUGCCAGUCCAUGCCAUUACAUUUGCAAGCUAGUUUUUUUCCUGUCCACCUGGGUAUCAAGGUCUCUGAAGGAUGGUUUUAGACAGUGUCAUGCUGAGUGAUAUGGGUGAACCAACCCAGCUUGCGUCAUGUGACUGUUGUGAAAAGAAGUUCUUGAUGUCUUAAGAGGGUUCCUUCAUUGGUUUUAUGUUCCAAGUAUGACAUCCAAAGCUUAGGAAAUCAUAAGCUGUAUGGAAAAAUAUUAUCAACCAGAAUGAGUGCAUUAAAAAUACCUCGUCUUAAAGGCAGUGCAUGUAAAGUCAAGGCAAGCUUUAACCUUCCAGUAGUGGAAACUUCAGAUAGCUUGCUACUUAAAGUUAGUCCAGCAUACAUGCAUGUCCGCACUGGGAGGAGUCGUGCCCAUACUAAUGCUGGUCAUUGUGAUAUGAGAACAGAGUAUUCUGGAGCAGCAAGGGUCAGACCUGUGAGCAGUGAAACUACUUAUGGACGAUCUGCUGAGUUGCGUGGAGCUUAUGAUAAAGAAACUGAGGAAAAAUCACUAGAAAGACCACAUAUAAGAAGACCAGAACCACGUCUGUCUGCUUUACAUACAGUCAGAUCAGCUGAACAUGAGGCCAGAACAAGACAAGUAGAACCGGGAGCCUGGACUGACCAUCCAAUAACAUCAUCUUCACGCAGAACUUUUUCAGGAAGAACAGAGGUCUUGAGGCGCCCAAAAAGGAGCAAGUCUUCUCUAACUUUUAUUCAACAAGAAACUGGUUUCUCAUCCAUUGAAAUCCCUUCUGGGAAGCAAUCAAAUGAGAAGAAAAAUCGACAAGUAUAUAAGGAGCCUGUGACAGUGUCUACUGUGAGAUGUAAAUCUGCUAAUGCAGAAGAUGUAACUGGAACAGGAAGUCAGUCCAGCAGAAGGACCAGGUGGGCCAGUGCUAGGAGUGCUGAGAUGAACUCACAAUCCAUAAUUAAGAGAAGAGUAGUGGUAGAGACAGCAGGACUGGCGGUAUUGAGACUGACCAAUGGUGGCAGUAGUGAAGAUGGCCAAACUAAAGAGAGGGAAGUUAGGAAGAAAAGAAUGGAAUCAAAUGACCUGCUGGCUGACCGACAAGUUGCAUGGUUCAUGUCUUUGCUGCAGCAGUGCAUCCGUAAUAACAAACUAGAGAAAAUGCGAUUCGUCAUGAAGCGUCUAAGUCUUGCACAGCGCCGUCAACUGGCCACCUUUCGCUACAACACCAACUCGAUGUUGUUCACCUGCUGUCAAAUGGGGCAUGUGGACAUGGUCAAUUACCUGUUGGAUGAGUGCGGUGCCGACCUUGAACAGAAGGGUGUGUACGAGGUGUCUGGUGAUGGCUCAAGACACAUGGUGACACCUCUAUGGUGUGCUGCAGUGGCAGAUCACAUUGAUGUUGUUGAGUCACUGAUCAAGCAUGGUGCUGACCUGAACAGCCAGUCUGAUACGGGCUCCACGCCUGUGCGAUCAGCAUGCUACAUGACAAACAUUGAGGUGGUCAAGCGGCUGGUGGAGGCAGGAGCCGACAUUCAUUUACCCAACAUGAAUGGUGGAACCUGCCUGAUAAAUUCUGUGCAGAGCCCUGAGCUCUGUGAAUUCUUGAUUAAGCAUGGUGCAAGGGUCAACGAUAGAGACAAAUCCAACAAUCUGGCCCUGCAUUAUGCCAUACGAGAAGACCGUCUGGACACUGUGAAGCUUCUUGUUGAGUAUGGGUCAGACUACAAUGCCAAGAAUGACUAUAAUGAUAAUGCUUUGCAGACUGCAGCUUUGCGAGGCUACGAAGAUAUAGUGGAAUACCUCAUAGAAUCUACAAGGCCAUCAUUGGUGGAUGUAAUUCAUGCAUAUGAACUUCUGGGAGCCAGUUAUGUAGAUGAGCGGCAUGACAUUGCACGGGCCAUGGCCUUGUGGCAGAAGGCAAUAAACCUGCGUGAAAUUGGCACCAAAGGCCACUUCAUCAAAACUCUUAAGCGGGAAAGAAUUGCUGCAUAUGAUUUUGUCAAGGAAGUAACCACACAGGAGGACUUAAAGGAAGCAGGUUGUGACCCAGACAAUGUGUAUAUGCAGGCUUUGUUGAUUCGAGAACGAAUUCUUGGCAAGAACCACAAAGAUACGAGUUUUGGGGUAAUGUAUCGUGGGGCAGUGUAUGCUGACAGCCGUCGGUUCCAAAGAUGUGUGGACCUGUGGAAAUAUGCAUACCACCUUCGUUUCACAGGUUGCAGUGACCCUUUGAAUCAUGAAUUAGUGUUCACUGUACAGGCCCUUGUGAAGCUUUUCUGGGAGAUGCACGUGGAUGAGACAGAGGAAGGGAGCUGUGAAAAGUUACGCUGCUGUGAUUUAGUAGACACCUUGGAAGAGCUAAUCCAUCAUAUCCAGGCUGCACAAACCAGAAUUAAGAUGUUGCAAAAGGAGCCAGCCAGCUGCAUCACCCAAGCACACCAAAACAGUGGGAGUGCGAGUAUUGACACAUGUCCUGGCUAUUCUGUCUGUGCUUGUGGUAAGCACAGGGAAGGGAACAUCGAGGACUUUUGUUUGCUUAUGCAGUUGUCAAUUCAUCUCAUUUUCCUCUUCUCAGCCCAGCCAGAUGUGAAUGAUGAUGUCAAGCACUAUUUCUGCACACUGGUAUAUCAGUUGCUGAAAAUAGAUGCCAGGACCCAAGCGGGUGAAACAUUACUGCAUCUGGCUCUCAGUGUGGGCAAAACAAAUCUUACACCAGACUUCUGCCUCAAGCCACUUCCUGUUGUUAAAAUUCUCCUGGAGUGCGGAGCAGAUGCUGAUGCCUUGACAAAAGCUGGACAGACACCACUCCUGUGCUGCCUGCGGCAAGAAAAUAGCAUGCACAAUGUCUUGUUAACCAAUGAAAAACGAGAGUCCCUGAUUCUUUGCCUUUUGAAGCACGGUGCUCAUGCAGAUCGUGCAGGGCAUUUGCCUGUGGUGCAAUUUCUGAAAGAAUCUCGCAGUUUCUCAGUCUUGGAUCAUGUUAACUUGCAAUGUCUGGCUGCACAGGUCAUUUGUAAACAUAGAAUUUUGUACAAAGGCAUGUUGCCAGCCACGCUUGAGAAAUUUGUAGGCAUGCAUUAAAGUACUUGUAAUUUUUGUCACUUUCUAAUUAGGUAUUUUAAAUCAUCAUACUUCACUUAUGUAAUAAUAAGAAUACUAUUUAUGCACUACACUUUAAAUGUUUCAAUGAAAUGCACUCUAUAAAGAUCAGCAGUAGAUUACUGAUUGAAAACCUUUUUUGCAUAAGUGCAUGCAUGCGUAAGUGUGUGCUAGUCUGUGCACACAGAUAUUAAAUUUUAGUCUGCCUAGUGGUCACAUAGCCUCUUGGUUUUACUUUGCAGCAUUUAAAAGUACAUGAUUUUAAAUUAGUAAUGAGUGCAGUUAAAUUUUUUGUGGCUGAAGAGUUUUGCUAAUGGUGCAUUUUUAGGACAAUUUAUGUAGUGUAGGACAAUAUAUGUAGUGUUGUGGUGUAGAGUGGGUAGAGCACAUAAAACAUAAGGCUACACACACUGUUCUAGGACGUGAUAUUCUAGCUCCAUUAAAACAAAUGUUGUCCAUGUUAAACCUUAGGCAGUCAAGGAACAAGAAAGAAAAGUUAGGUGAGUGAUAGUAGAAUUAAGAUAAAAUUGUCACAAAUCAUAUCCAAGUUUGACUUUGCUGCAGGUGUAAUUUGGGAGUCAACGUAUCAAAAGAGUUGCUUUUGGUUUUUGAGCCUGUGAUAAUUAGGCAGCAUAUUUAUGCACAUGUAAUUAUUUCUGCCAUUUAUAGAGUGGUGAAUUAUUGAGAUGAUAAAAAAUUAAUGCAUACAAAUGUGCAUUAUUGGUUGAGGAUGUAGCACAAUUAAUUGUUAGUGGCAUGUUUCGUGUAUAAUCAUCAGCAUCCACCCAUGGACUGGUUGUUUGAACCUUGGUUGUGUGGCUUGUUACCAUCUUAUGGCCUAAAUGUUCACUACCUACUGACCAGAUGUGCACCCAUGUUUUCAGUGAGUGAGAACGUCUUCAAAUGCAGCAAAUGUUUCUCAUCUGGAAAAGGAGAGGCAAAAGACACUAUCAUUGAUGAAAGUAUGCAUUCCUACCAGGUUAGAUUGCCGAAAUGCAGGCAUUUUUUUUUCUAGAUGUGAGAAAUGUAAACUGCAUGUUGUUAAUGAGGAGGAGUAAACAAUAUUACAAGGUCGAGGGGAUCUACAUGCAUUAGUGAAGGACACACACUCGUUGCUAUCACUACCCAACUAGGCUUGAAGUUUGUCUUGAUGCCGGCAGUUAGGGCUACAUGUCUUAGCUGUCUUAGAGGAAUAAUAAAGGUUUGUACAAGGAAAAGGCAAUGAAAUAUCUACCUAUGGUGUUGCAAAGAAAAGUGUGAUUUAAACUUUAAAAGAAAUUUUUUUUAAAAAGAAAAGACAGUGUAUAUUUGUCAGGAAGUCUGUUCACCAUGAUUUGAGUGACUUAUGGAGAACAUAAAGUCUUGCCAGAUUGUAUCGAUCGCUGGGGCACCAGUUAAUGCUUUCAGACAGCUGUAUGAAGAUGUAGACAAAUAUUCUUUUAAUCUAGGCAUUUUUGUGAGUGAACAUUAGAAAUUAAGGGCCCUCAUCAGUACUAGUCAUUUUGGCAUGUUCAUUUGGUGAUGUUCCAGUUUGAAUAAAAAUUAUUGAUUCAA